UUUAAAGGGAUAGUUAGCACAAUGUUACUUGUUACUUGCAAACACAAAUAGUCGACAUUGUUGUUCUACAAAGAUCCUCUGUAGAGAUGACCAGGCACAGUUUUGCAUGGAGUAACUGAAUGGGACGUCAGAAUUGACGAUGUCAAAGCUGUCUCUGGGAGGAAAGCAGUCCUCUGGAAAAAUAAACAGCUGGGUGGAACCAUCAUUUGGUGAACUUUUGGGAGGAGUGAACAGGUCCCUGAAAAAGGGGCCACUCUCAGGGGAAAGCAAAACUACCCGGUGGCCAUCUACUGGGAACCAAGCAGAGAAAAAAUCCAGGAAGAGGAAAGUAGAUUCUCAUGUGUCCAGCAACCAGAUCAGUGUGUCAAGUGAAGCACAUAAACCAGACCAGGAUGAGCCUUGGGUGGAUAUGUAUGCUCCCCAAUCGCAGGCCGAACUGGCAGUCCACAAAAAGAAAGUUGAAGAAGUUGAAACCUGGUUGAGAGUUAAUUUGGACAAAUCAAAAAAGGGUGGUGCCAUUCUGUUGCUCACUGGCCCCUCAGGAUGUGGGAAGACGGCAACUGUCCGAGUCCUUGCCAAGGAUUUGGGGUUUCAGAUCCAAGAGUGGUCAAAUCCCUCCACCACCUCUCAGUACAAAGCGGAGGAUUUGUUCACACAAAGCUUUGAUCCAGAUUCAAGGUUUAACAGUUUCCAUGGCAGCUCACAAACAGGGUUAUUCCAAGAGUUCCUGCUAAGAGCCAACAAAUACAGCCGUCUACAAAUGAGCGGAGAGAAAGUGACUGAAGACAGGAAAAUAAUUCUUAUAGAGGAAUUUCCAAACCAGUUCUAUAGGCAACCAGGGUGCUUGCACGAUAUACUCAGGCAAUUUAUUAAGACUGGCCGGUGCCCAUUGGUCCUGAUUGUGUCCGAUAGUCUCAGCGGGGACAAGAACUCCAGACUUCUCUUUAAGGAUGUUCUGCAUGAACUUGAAAUUCACAGCAUUAGUUUUAACCCUGUGGCCCCCACCAGUAUGAUGAAGGUCCUAAGCCGCAUUGUAACCAUUGAGGCAGGAAAGAGUUCUGGCAGGAUCUCUGUUCCUGAUAAAGGUGCUCUAGAUCUUCUUUGCUCAGGAAGUUCAGGAGAUAUUCGCAGUGCCAUCAACAGCUUGCAGUUUUCUUCAUUUACCGACAGUUGUCUGGAGAAAAGACUCUGGGCUUCCAAGAAGGGCAAAUCCACAGCAAAACCUGUCGUGAGGGCAAAGGGCAGGAGCAAGUCUUCAAAAUCAACAGACAUGCAGGUUGAAAGCCAAGCUAUUGGAGGGAAAGAUGCUUCACUUUUCCUUUUCAGAGCUUUAGGGAAAAUCCUCUACUGCAAACGUGAAAGCUAUGAAAGCUCUCAAGCACCCAAGCUGCCUUCACAUUUAACAGAUCAUCAGAGGGACAAACUACUUGUUGAUCCUGAACUUGUCAUUGAGCGUUCCCAUAUGUCUGGGGAAUUCUUCAACCUCUUCCUGCAUCAGAACUACCCUGACUUCUUUUCGGAUGUGGAGGAUAUAGCACGAGCCAGCGAGUACCUCUCUGAUGCAGACUUCCUGACAGCAGAGUGGAGCUCAAGGUCGACUAUGUUGGAAUAUGGCUCAUCAGUGGCCACUAGAGGCCUUAUGCACUCAAACUCUUCUCGAGCACAAGCUAGCAGCCAGUCCAAUGCCAGAUUCAGGCCUCUUCAUAAACCGCAUUGGCUACACAUAAACAAGAUGUAUCGAGAGAAUUACCUGACCGCACAGUCGCUCUUCUUAAAUUUCUGCCUUACUCCUGUGAGCCUCCUGACAGAACUGGUGCCUUACCUUGCAAAGCUCACCAACCCAAUGAGAAAUCAAGCUCAAAUAGCCUUCAUCCAGAAUGUUGGCCUUCUUUCUCAAAAGAGGGUUCCUGGAAGGUGA